AUGGACGACAACUUCGACGCCCAGGAUGCUGUGUAUACAUCCCGGAUGAGAAGGUUCCAGGACUUUCUCGACUCGGACGACCACGAGACCAAGUACAAAGAUUUGGUCAAGACAAUGCUGGAGAAGGGCGAAAAGAGAAUUGUCGUGUCUGUUGACGAAGUUCGUGAGUUUGACCGCGAGCUUUGGGUCGGUUUGAUGAAUGCGCCAGCUGAAUUCUUACCUGCUGCCGAACAUGCGUUUAAAGAAACGGUAAUGGCAGUCUACGAUCCGCUUGAAUUCUCGUCAGAAAUCAGCCAGGAUGAUGACUUUUAUCUCGCCUUUAGAGGUGCUUUUUCGGAUCACCAGCUGACUCCACGGUCGAUUGACUCUUCGUUCCUGUCGCGGAUGGUAUCUGUUGAAGGUAUCGUCACGCGUGCAUCUUUGGUCCGCCCCAAAAUCGUGAGAUCCGUUCACUAUUGCGACACUACUGGUAGGUUCCACCAGCGUGAGUAUCGUGAUCAAACUACUAGUUUCAACCCGCUCACAACUUCCGCGGCGUAUCCAACCACAGACCCUGAGGGUAACAAGCUGGUGACAGAAUACGGUUACUCCAAGUAUCGCGACCAUCAGACCAUCACGGUCCAGGAACUGCCUGAGCUUGCGCCAGCUGGUCAAUUGCCCCGUUCGCUUGAUGUUGUGCUGGACGACGAUCUGGUUGACAAGGUGAAGCCCGGUGACAGACUCAGAGUCAUUGGAGUGUACAGAUCGCUUGGUGGUGGGCAGAACAACUCGUCCAGUUUCAAAACUGUUAUCCUUGCCAACUCGGUGUAUCCUCUGCACACAAAGUCCACUUCUAUCCAAACCGUGGAGAAAAUUGGUGAUGUGGAUAUCCGCAACAUCAACAAGCUGUCCAAGAACAAGAACAUCUUUGACCUUCUCUCCACGUCUCUGGCUCCCUCCAUCUAUGGCCACGAGUAUAUUAAGAAAGCGGUUCUGCUGAUGCUUCUUGGUGGUGUUGAGAAGAAUCUCGACAACGGAACCCAUUUGAGAGGAGAUAUCAACCUUCUCUUGGUCGGAGAUCCCUCCACGGCGAAGUCUCAAAUUCUGCGUUUCGUCCUCAACACGGCCCCAUUGGCUAUCACCACUACUGGUAGAGGUUCUUCUGGUGUUGGUCUCACUGCUGCGGUAACCACCGACAAGGAAACUGGUGAGCGCAAGUUGGAGGCCGGUGCCAUGGUUCUUGCCGAUAGAGGUAUCGUUUGUAUUGACGAGUUCGAUAAAAUGAACGAUGUGGAUCGUGUGGCCAUCCACGAAGUCAUGGAGCAGCAGACUAUCACCAUCUCCAAAGCUGGUAUCCAUACCUCGCUCAACGCCAGAUGUUCUGUUCUUGCCGCAGCCAAUCCAGUGUAUGGUCAGUAUGACACCUUCAAGUCUCCACAACAGAACAUUGCGCUGCCGGACUCGCUGUUGUCGCGUUUUGAUUUACUCUUUGUGGUUACAGACGAUGUUUCUGACCAAAAAGAUCGAGCAAUCAGUGAACACGUUCUUAGAAUGCAUCGCUACGUUGCCCAGGGUUACGAGGAAGGUGAGCCAAUGCGCGAAAGACCUAAUAUCACGUUGGCCGUUGGUGAUGAACAGCUGAACGAAGAUGGAUCUGUGGAGGAAGAGGAUGGCGCCAUUUUUGAAAAGUUUAACCCAUUGUUGCACAGUGGAGCUGCUGCUACAGUCAAUGCUGGAAGGGUGGGAAAGAAGCCCAAGGUUCCUGAGAUCGUGGCCAUUCCGUUCCUGAAGAAAUAUGUUCAAUACGCCAAGCAGAGAAUCAAGCCUGUUCUCACCGAAAAGGCUACCCGCAGAAUAGUGGAUAUCUACACGGAAUUGCGCAACGACGAGGCCACCAAGAACUCAAGGACCCUGCCGAUCACGGCCAGAACGCUGGAAACGCUUAUCCGUUUGUCGUCGGCACACGCCAAAGUCAGACUAUCACAGACGGUUGAUGCCAAAGACGUCAAAAUUGCCGAGGAACUGAUGCGUUUUGCCCUGUUCAAAGAAAAGGUCACCAAGCCCAGAAGAAAGCGUAGAAGAGUCAGUGGUGAGCACACCAACGUGGAACGUGUGGAUGAAGACGACGAGGAAGAUGACGAUGAAGAGAUCGAGUACGACGACGAAGACGAGCUUGACGAAGAGGCCGAUGUGGUCACUGGUAGAAUCACCACCUCGAGACAACAGGCUUUGCAGAGAAACAGGCAACGCAUCCACGAGGAUGUGGAUGACGAAAUUGUGGAUCUUGCGCGUGGUAUCCAGGACCAGACGCUUGAGGGAGAAACCCAGCCUGAAGCACAGCAGAUCCAGACUCAGCCAACUGAAGACGAUCAGGCUCAGCUACACGAGACCGGUGGACCCAACGUUGAUGAGUCUGCUCAGGUCUCUCCCGCAAGACUCGCUCUCUUCGCCCGGUCUGCGGCGCAGGUGUUCCGGGACCCGGAGGUAUCAUCCGAGGGAAGCUGCGAAUACAAUCUCUUUGUCCGGAAGAUCAACUCUGCUCUGCCGCAGGAAGACCACUUUGGUGCCGAAGAAGCUGCUGCUGCGCUAAAGGCCAUGGAGGAGAGAAACAACCUCUACAUGGGCGAUGGCAAGAUUUGGAUGAUUUGA